AUGGAAAACAACAAAUCUGGAGAAAAGGCAAAAGCUUUUCUCGAGUCAAAGGACAAGAGAGGGAAAAUGGAUGACGAUGAUGACGACGAUGAUAAACGGAGGAAACACGAUAAGGACAAACAAAACGGCAAUAAUAAAAGUAGCGGUGGACGUGCCCACAGAAAGAAAGAUGGUAAGGACAAUGAAAGGGGUCAGACCAAUGGCGGAGGCAAAACUAAGUGCAAAAGUAACAGCAUGUCACUGAGUGAUACCAGUGUUAGGCGCUCCAAAGACAAGGAAGACAGAGCGCACCACAAACACAAACAUAAACAUGGAAAUGCGGAAAGUGCAGAGAGGAGAAAAAGAGACGCAAAAAAUGUGAAAUAUGUGGAAGACGCCGAAAAGGCGAAACACGAACAGGGGGAACAACAGGAAGAAGAGGAAAGUGAUGAUGAUGACGACGAAUCAGCGGACGACACGCUGACCGAAGAAGAAAGCGACAGUGAUGAUGACGAAGGAAAAAGAAAAAAAAAAGACAUUAAUAAAGCCCAAUCUAGAUUGAAUGAAAAACAUCCAACAUGUGAACUACUCAAUCUAGAAAGAAGCAACACAAUCCAAUUUUACAAUUUACUAAAUUAUAAACCUAAAGAAAAAGAUGAUAACAGUAGCAGUUCAAGGAAGGAGAGAUACCGAAGCAGCAAUUUAAAAAAGGAAAAAAAAUUAAAAAUGAAUCAUACGUAUGAAGAGUUGCUAUGGGAUCAUCAUGAUUAUACGUCGUUAAAGGUAAAUUAUAAAAUUAACAAAAAAAGUCAUUACGAUAAAACGAAAAAAAGACCACACCUUCCGAUAUUCAUCAGUGAAAAUAAGGAACGUACUUUAAAUAAGAGCAGCAUCUGUACAGAUAAUGCAAAGUUUUUAAAUUUUUUAAAUGAGAAUGAAAAAAAUGCCUAUUAUUAUAAGAAUCGAAAACGAUACGAGAGUAGACGAAGAAAGCAAAAAAAGACUAAUAUAAAAAUAAAAGAAAAAAAUCAAACGAAAGAAACGUUAGACAAUUAUAUAAUAAAUGUGCAUGAGAAGAAUAAGUAUCAUGAAAUAAUGUCCAGCGAAAAUAUAGAUAAAGUGAAGAUGCCGCUGGAGCAUUAUCCUUCUGGCCAAAAAACUGACGAGGCGUACGUAAGCGAAUUACAAGACGCUGAACAGAAGAAACAAAUGAAAGACGAAGAACGGCAGAAGAAUUACGCAAGUACCGUUGAAGAGGAAAAGAAAAUUAUAAAAGAAAAAAGAAAAAUUAAAUGUUCCAUAUGUUGUAACCGAAGAUUCUUUAUAUUCCAAAAAAAAACGUUAAGAAAAAGAAAGGAAAAAAUUAUUAUUUUUUUAAAUCAUAAUUAUUCUGCAUGUGAAAAUGGACAAUUUAAUGACCAUUUUUACAAAACCAUUCAUAAAAAUGAUUUGGAAAAUUUAGAAGAAGAAAGAAUUUACAUUGACAAUAAUAAGGAAAAUACAAUAAAGAAAAUUAUCUACAGAAUAUUUCCACAGUUUUCCAUUUUCAGUUUAACCCUCUACGUUACUUUCAUCCAAUGGGUAAUAUUUAUUGUGCUUGUAUCCAUCAAAUCGGAUUUGACCUUAACCCCAUCAAACGAUUCGUUAAAAAAUUUUGGAAGCAAUUACCCACACAAUAUUUUCAAGAAGGCCGAAUUUUAUCGCCUUUUCACAGCACUAUUUUUACAUUCGAAUUUUAACCACAUUUGUGCAAAUACAUAUGUUCAGUUAACCGUCGGAUUCUUGUUAGAAUAUCUGUAUGGGACAUAUGUUGUUUUUUUAGUAUACGUGUUUACCGGCAUUUAUGGAAUAAUUUUAUCCUCCCCCUUAACGUACUGCUACUCGACCACCGAAAGCAGUAGCAGCUCCUCUGGAAUUAUUGGAAUUUUUUUUUCAGAAAUUUUAAUGAUGACAAAUUUUAAUGUGGAUAAAAUUAGCAUUAGUGUGCAUUUAUUUUGUUUUUUUCUCCUCCUCUUAUUUCUUAAAUUUUCUUUAAACACCGUCAGUAUUAAUAUAUACAGCCACUUUUUUGGUUUCCUUGGAGGCUUUUUAAUCGGCAUAAUUUUAAAGCGUAACCAACUGAAGUACUUUCUGAAAAAUAAUUUACUAAUUCAAAUAUUGUGCCUGGUCUUCCUGAUAGUAAGUUUAGGAGCUGCUAUUUUUAUAUCAACGUAUGUCGUGCAGAAUUGUCCAAAUUAA